GUCCAACGCAUACUACGACUUCACCAUUUCGCACAACUCUCCAUCGUCUCCUCCUCCAUCCAAAUACUAACCCUAACCCUAACCCUAACCCUAAGACUGCUCGAUCCAAUCCCUCUCUCUCCAUUUGCGACGACGAUGUCGGGUCGAAUGGGGUACGUGAAGUUCGGCGGCGGGGACGUGGAGUCGGGGCCGCAGCCGCUGUACCCGGCGAUGUUGGAGAGCCCCGAGCUGCGGUGGGCGUUCAUCCGCAAGAUCUACGUCAUCCUCGCCGUACAGAUGGUGCUCACCGCCGCCGUCGCCGGCGUCGUCGUCGCCGUGCGCCCCAUCUCACACUUCUUCGUCUCCUCCACCGGCGGCGUCGCCCUCUACGUCGUCCUCCUCAUCUGCCCCUUCCUCCUUUUGUGCCCGCUGUAUUACUACCACCAGCGGCAUCCAUUGAAUCUCUUCCUUCUGGGAUUGUUUACAAUAUCGAUAAGUUUUGCUGUUGGGAUGUCAUGCGCAUUCACUAGCGGUAAAGUCAUUCUGGAAUCUGCGAUUCUGACAUCGGUCGUGGUGAUUGGCCUCACACUCUACACAUUCUGGGCGGCAAGGAGGGGUUAUGACUUCAACUUCCUUGGCCCUUUCCUCUUUGCUGCAGUCUUGGUAUUGCUGGUCUUUUCGCUGAUCCAGAUCCUAUUCCCGCUGGGGAAGAUCUCCGUCAUGAUAUACGGCGGCUUAGCGGCAGUUAUAUUCUCCGGGUACGUCGUUUAUGAUACCGACAACUUGAUUAAGCGUUACACGUACGACGAAUACAUUUGGGCCGCUGCUGUGCUCUAUCUGGACAUCAUCAACCUCUUUCUUUCUCUACUCUCUCUAUUCAGAGCGGCCAACAACUAAAUUAUCUAUGGCCGUGUCGGAAGUGAUCUUCUACUGGUGUUUUAAGUUGUACAUGUUACUAUGUUAGUCAUGGAAUGAUUAGUGGAUUAUUUUGUUGAUUUUUCAAUCUAUGGAUUAUUUUGCUGAUAUUUCAAUCUAUGAUAUACUCUUAUUGUUUCGAUGA